GAAACACCGUUGCAUAUACAUGUACGAUAUAGUUUAUCUGAUAACCAGAAUUUCCAUCGAAAACGUUCUUUUUCAUGGUGACGCCGCAGGCUUGUUUUAGCGGGCCGCGGCGCCACUCCCGGCAGCCGGGCCGUUUCGUCAUCGUCAAAACCAAAAAGCCAAAAACUCACCUCGCCUAUCUUAUCGGAGCUUCACUUCUGGCACUAUACGGAUACUGGAUCUACCCUUAGCUGGAUUGAAUAUCGUAGAGACCUGGCAUUUAUAUGCGCCUCAAUCCUGCAACGCCUCAAGACAGGUUUUCAUCGGAUACUCCGUGCCGAUCAUGCAUUGGCAUUUGCACAUGAGCCUCGGCAACGGUUGAACCCCCUCUUUGAAGAUGGAAAUGCCAAGUUUGCCAUGAAGAGACACGUCAAGAUAAAAGAUCGCUAUUGUCGGACGCUUCUGUUCUUUAUACUGGGAAAUAUCCUGUAUGAACGAUAUUUUUCAGGUACAAUGACUGUCGACAAUACUCAACCAGAGGGCGAGAACCCCAUCGGCGACAUUCAGGUUGAAUUUCUUGGCACCCAAAAGUCGAGCAACACGGCAAGUCGUCGUGACUUGGGUUUCACAGGUCAACUUGGAGGGAAAUGGUACGCUGUUUAUGGUGAUGUGCUAUGGUGCGACUCAGGUGUCACCGAUCCUGAGGAAGAUAAUGAGGGAUUUCAUGGCAUGGUCAGAAAUGCUGUUUCUGCUCUGACGGAUGAUCCUCUUGUUGUGGAGGAUCUGCAUCUCAAUGAUGAUGAGCCGGUUCCUCAUCAGAAGCAGUUCAUGCCGUUUAAUGAGGACUGGGGUGAGACGAAUACCUUUGGCUUUGGAGGGACGGGAAUUGUAGAGGUUGAUCCUGAUACUGCGACUGGUGCUCUUUAUUACCUCGUUAAUGAUGAUGAACAUUACAAGGGCGCUGGAAUAGCCAAAGUUGAGCUCAUCGACGACGUCCCUCAUAUCACCGAUCGCUACGGCGAGAAUGGCAUCUGGUGGAAUGGUGAUGAGGUGCCCAAGUAUGGAGAUGUCGCAACGUAUCGGGACGUCAACAGCGAAUACAUCUACAUCCUCGGAAACCCACCAAACCCAAUCACCGAAUUCCCUGAUAAGCUGUACAUCUACAUGGCUCGCGUACCCGCAAACGAUGCCUUCGACCUUGAUAAAUAUGAGUAUUGGUGGGGUAGACAAGAGGGAUGGAAGAGCGAAGUUCUCACCACGUUCAACUGUGAGACAGCGGUCAUGUGGGGUGUUGGACAAGGUCAGAUUGUGUAUAACAAUCACUUCCAGACGUAUUUCUACGUCCAUCUUGAUUUGUCUGGCACUGUCUUUUUGAAAACUGCACCAAGCCCUGAAGGUCCUUGGACAGAAGGAAAAGAGGUUUACAAGGACGAGCCCAUUGAUGGGGGUCUGGUGUAUGCUGGAAUAGCGUACCCGCAUCUGGAUGAAUCUGGCCAGACGUUGACGAUUGGUUUCACUAAUAACAACUGGAUCAGGGUCAUCAAGGUCACUUUUACGUAGAAAUCAUGAAAUCAACGCGAUUUAUUAGUAUUGUACAAUCUGUUCUGUUUUGCCGCAGUGCUGUCGCUUUACAACUCAUC